AUGAAGGUGGCGCUCCAGCUGCUCGCGGGCUUCGCGGCGGCAGCGCUGGUGUCGGUCUCAGGCGCGCGCAACGACGACGCGCUGAUCACGAGCCUGCCGGGCCUGGACUUCCGGAAGCUCUCGUUCAAGCACUACUCGGGCCACUUGGAGCUCGAGGGCAAGGAAAAGCUCUUCUACUGGUACACGGAGAGCCAAAGCGACCCGAAGAACGACCCGAUCGUGCUGUGGCUCAAUGGCGGCCCAGGGUGCUCGUCGCUGGGCGGAUUGUUUACCGAGAACGGCCCGUUCGUUGUGCGGGAUGAUCUGUCCAUCAAGGUGAACCGGUACUCGUGGAACCGCAAGGCGAACAUGGUGUGGCUCGAAUCGCCCGCUGGCGUGGGCUUCAGCGGUGAUGUGGAGGGGCCCAACUACUACAACGACGACACGGUGGCCGCCAAGACGCGCGAGUUCUUGGGCCUCUUCUUCAACAAGUUCAGCGAGCUCAAGAACCGCGACUUCUUCAUCACUGGCGAGAGCUACGCCGGCAUGUACAUCCCGUACCUCGUCGACCGCUUGGUGGAGGAGCCGAUCGAAGGUGUCAACUUGAAGGGAUUCGCUAUUGGAAACCCGUUCACGGACAACAUCAUUGACGGCAACGCGUACAUCGACUAUUACUACUCGCACGCGAUGGUGUCGCUGGAGGCCUACGAGAAGAUCAAGGUCGAGUGUGGUGCCCACAUCGGCUGCCUGUUUGACGAGACGCCAUGCCCUGCCGGAUGCGAGGCGCUCUUGGAAGAGGCUGAGGUGGGCGCGAACGCGGACGCAUUGGAUCCGUACUUCAUCUACGGUGACAUCUGCCUGCUGGACAACACCCAGGCCAAGGCCCUCCGCAAGCGAGCCAAGCCGUCGGCCCAGAUCUCGCCCACCCACCGCGGAGACAUCGGCGCCUGUGCUGAUUCCCUCACCCACGCGUACCUGAACCUACCGGAGGUGCAACAAGCUAUCCAUGUGACCAAGCCUGGCGGCAAGUACGUCGUCUGGAAGGGAUGCAGUGACCCGGUGGGAGAUCUCUACGCUUCGAGCCCGUCGUCGCUGCCCAAGUACCACAACAUCCUGGGCCGCGGCCUCAAGGUGCUCAUCUACAGCGGUGACGCCGACUCGGUCGUGAACUUCAUCGGCACUGAGCGCUGGAUCGGCGGCCAGGGACUUAAGCUGCGCAUUACCGAGAAGUGGCGCGCCUGGUUUGGCCCCGACAAGCAGCUCGCUGGCUACUUGCAGAAGUACGACGGCCUGACCUUCAAGACCGUCAAGGGCGCUGGCCACAUGGUGCCGGCCGUGCGACCGCUGCAUGGUCUCAACCUGUUCGAGUGCUUCGUGUACGGCCAAGACGCCUGCAACAAUUUCGUGUACCCGGUGGACGACAACGAGAUCGAGGCCGGGCUGACCGUCGUCCAGACUGUGAACAACGUGGACUCGGGCGACUCGGUCCGCGCGGUUAAUGACAAUGCCAAUGCGGGUGAGUCCGGCUUGACGCUGGGCUGGAUGACGAUGCCCGGCGCAUUGAUCGUGAUGCUGGCCGUUGUUGCCAUCCGCAACGCCCGCAAGCGCGGCCGCUACCAGCGUCUGUACUCCAACGGCUACCAGGCCGUGGUCUAAGGAAGAGAAGCAACGGCUAUGACAGAGUUGAAGAAGGGGAGGAUACUUUAUGUGUGAAGAGUUGAGAGCAAACAUGGAAGUAACUAAUGCAUCGUCCAGCUGCAAAAC